CUCCCCACCGACACCCAACGUCUCACCUCUGGACUGAAUAGGCAUCAAGAUAAUCAGCGGCCUGAUCACAUGUAGUGCUAUAAAUACCAAGUAUCUAGCACCUUCCUGUCUCGUUUUCUUUCCUUUUUCAUACAAGUUUUAGCUGUUCUCACGAAUGUUAUGGGAGUCAUAAAAAUCCUGGCUUGCUUGCUGAUCUUUUCCCAUCUCAGUGAUGGACAGAGAACAGGAAGAAAGGAAACGGACACUGUGAAGGCGUCAUACGUUCCACAGUCUGUCUUCCGGCUGUAUUCAGAGGGAGGCUCCCUAAAAGACGCCUGCACUCUCCAGCCAUACGUUCCACAGUCUUUACACUCCUGCAGGUUCAACACCUCAAACCCCUUGAUCAUCAUCAUCCACGGGUGGACGGUAGAUGGGAGGAUGGACAGCUGGGUGCACGAGCUGGCGGUAGCUCUGAAGUCCACCCUGAGAGACGUCAACGUGGUGAUCUGUGAUUGGCUCACUCUGGCCUACCGACACUACCCCACUGCUGCACAGAACACCCGGGUGGCAGGGCGGGAUGUGGCCCACCUGCUGCAGUGGCUGGAGGAGUCUUCCCAGUUUCCCCCUGACAAGGUCCAUCUGAUUGGAUAUUGCUUGGGUGCUCAUGCUUCAGGAUUCGCUGGUAGCUAUUUCACUGGAUCCAGAAAGCUUGGACGCAUCACAGGACUGGACCCUACAGGCCCAGCGUUUGAGGGGAUGUCCCACACUGAUAGGCUGUCUCCUGAUGACGCUAAAUUUGUAGAUGCCAUUCAUACCUUUACCCAGCAGCACAUGGGACUGAGCAUGGGCAUCCAGCAGCCAGUGGGGCACUUUGACUUCUACCCCAACGGAGGAGCCUUCCAACCGGGCUGUGAUAUAAGCACGCUAUUUUCUCACUUGUCACAGUAUGGACUAGGCGGUUUCCAAAAGUCAGUGAAAUGCUCUCACGAGCGAGCCGUCUACCUGUUCAUCGACUCCCUGUUGAACAGAGACAAGCAGAGCACGGCCUACUGGUGCAAGGACGAGAGCGCCUUCAACAGGGGCGCCUGCCUGGACUGCCGCAGGAACCGCUGCAACAGACUGGGCCAUGACAUAAAGAGGGCGCAAACCAAGACCAGCAAGAAACUGUACCUGAAGACCCGCUCCCACCAGCCUUACAAAGUCUACCACUAUCAACUGAAGAUACAAUUCAUAAACCAGGUGGAGAACAUCAAACCCACCCUCACCAUCUCUCUCACUGGUACCAAGGAAGAGAGUGAGAAAAUGCCCUUCACUUUUGUUGACGGGGUAGCAGGUAACAAGACACACACCUUCCUGGUCACCCUGGACUCAGAUAUUGGUGACCUGAUGUUGUUCAAGCUCCACUGGGAGGGCAGGCCAGUCCUGGCCACCGUGUGGAACACGAUGCAGACCUUUAUCCCCUGGGGUAGAGACAGGAAGAGGCCAGGACUCAACUUAGGCAAUAUACGUAUCAAGACAGGGGAUACACAGACAAAGGUGUCAUUUUGUGCCAAGACGAACGAUGAAACUAAUCUUCAACCGUCGCAGGAGAUAACAUUUGUGCGCUGCCAAGCGAGACGUCAGAAACAACAAAGGAAGCGAAUACACAGCUAACGUGAAAACUGUUUUCUUUCAAUACAGACACUAACUAUAUAUGGUAUAAAGUACGUUUCCCAAUGGCUGUUAGCCCUACAUCAUUAGGGACAAUGACAAUACAUUUCUAAUUUGUGGCCACUAAACGUUUUUUGUGUCAUUGGUUUUUUUUUUUUUUUCCUUUUUCGUUUUUAAUGUAUGUAGUUUACGCAUGUUUUUCCACUGUAAUGUUCCUAAAUGCUUUAUAAAUGCGACCUAUGAUAUUUCACAGCGUGAUUAUUUUCAGCCAAAGAGAACCGUCUGGGUGGGACCUGAGCUGUACGUCACUGAUAGUGCUGGAAGGUCUUAAUGCCUGAAACUUCAUAUAGUUUAUCCCAGAUUAAGAAAAGUUUCAGUUCGCAAAAAUUCGAAGCAACGCCUUAUUUUGACAGAGACUCCACAACAGAAUCAUAUCUGUCUACUUUACUGCCAAUAUUGCACUUUUGAGAGGACAGACAUGUUAUGACGUACACCACCAGUAAACUGAGUCAGAGUGAAUAAACGGAGACCAUCUUCUCA